AUGCGGCGACGACGAAACUAUGGAAUCCCCAUUUAUGGAUUGCUGGUGCUUGGUUUGUUGGCGCCAGCCUCAUUGAGCCCCAAGCGUGCGCUGGAAAAGCUCGGCAAGUGGACCAAUCAGGCGGUCUCCGCGGUGGGCCGCACGGUGCUGCGCUCCGAGGAGAUGAACGUGGCGGGGCUCAGCGGCGUGGAGCCCGACGGCGCCACGGGGGGGCUCUCGGCGCUGGCGCUGGGUGUGGUGGGCAACGCGGCCCUGGUGGCGCUGCUCUUCCGGUCCGUGGAGCGCUUGAGGAGGAACCACCCUCUCCACGAAGGGAACCUGCUGCGAGAGACCUGGGUGCCAUGGGGUUCCCAGGAAAUGUUGGCACAGAAGUGGGGCUGGCUUCGUGCCGCGAUGUCUUUGAACACCGAUGAUGUAGAGGCAGCCGCAGGCCUUGAUGCAGCCAUGAUGGUGGAGUUUGCGGACUUGUCCAUGCAAGUGUUGUCGAUCAUCGGCUUGCCGCUCAUUUGCAUCCUCUGCCCCCUCCAUUUCUUUUGUGGCGGCAGUAUUGAUCAAGAUGAUCCGCUCAGCUGGAUUGGGAUGGCCAAUGUUGAGUCAGGGAGCUGGCUGUGUUGGGUUCACAGCGGCAUUGUUUGGUUUGUGGUCAUCGUGGUCCAGCAUUCUCUGAAAAGAGCACAGGCGUCAUUCGUUGGGAGGCGUGUCCAGUGGCUUCGCCGCAUGCCACCACCAAGAUGCAAGACAAUACUGGUUGAGCAUAUCCCUCCUGAGCACUGUUCCGACAGCGGGCUGAUCGCAUAUUUCAACUCGGUCUUUGGUCGAGAGGUGGUCGAAACUGCUCACGUCACACGCAACACUCGGGGUCUCCGGUGGCAUUUGUCCAUGGUUCGGCGUGCGGAGGAGCAAUUGGAGGAGGCCACGGAGAAGUUUGAAGAGACCGGGGAACGGCCACGCGCUUUUUUCCCACAGAGCCCGUGUCGUCCGGCCACAGCGGAUCACAUCAUGUUGGAAAGUCCUGUGAGUGGCGAGGUCUGCGAUGUCAUCGAGCAUUGGGCCCAGGAGCUCCAAACCGAACGUUCGGCCUUGCAUGAUGAACGCUGGCGAUUGGGUCUUUGUGGUGCUGGAGAGCCCGACUUUGCCAGUGGUGCCUACACCACCAAUGGCUUUGUGACGUUUCUGCAGCGGCGGGAUGCGGAGAUUGCCCUGCGCAUGCAGUAUAGGGCGCACGGGCUGCAGUUUGUCGUGUCUCCGCCUCCUGCACCUGAAGAUGUUCGCUUCGAGGAUUUGCAGAAACGAGAAAUGGGCUUUGGAGAUUUCCUGCUGGGCUACUCUUGCAUUUUGUUUCUUUUUUGGGCCUUUGCACCCUUCAUCGUUGCAUUCUCCGCUGUGGCCCGGCUAGAGACGUUGCAAACCAUCAUGCCCAGCUUGCAUGUGGUGGUGAUCUUGUGGCCCGUGACGCGAGCCAUUUGGGACGGUCUAGCCAGUGCCUUUGCGCUUGGGCUCUUCAUGAGCCUCCUGCCCAAUUGGCUGAUGUUUAUUUGCGAAUGGCUCUUCGUGAUGAAGUCUGGAAGGCAGUUGCAGCUGCAGCUUCAGACAUGGUAUUUUUACUUUUUGGUGGUCUUUGUGCUCAUGGUCACAGCCAUUGGAUCCUCUUUGUUCUACACACUUUCGCGUUUGGUUGAGCAUCCUGCCAAGAUCUUCUCACUUUUGGCCAACACCUUGCCAUACUCAACUCACUUCUACCUGAGUUACUUCCCCUUGCAGUGGUCCGUGUAUGCCAUGGAAGCCACUCGCUACACCGUCGUGGUGAAGUACUUCGCGCUCAAGGCGCUCUGGGGCGCUGAGCGGGCCAAGGAGGCCUGCGAGCCAGAGGACCAGGCGAAUUAUGGCAUCGGCGCGAGAUCGGCGCGGAUGGCGUUGCUGCUGGUCAUGGCGCUCUUGUUUUGUAGUUUGUCUCCUUUGAUUUGCGUUUUGGGCUUCAUUUGCUUCUUUGUUUGCCGUGUGACCUACGCCUACUUGCUGGUUUAUUCAGAGACCCCAAAGGCAGACACGGGCGGGACCUUCUGGUGUGCUCAGCUUAAUCAUGUGCAGCAGGGCCUUUUCAUCUAUGUCCUGCUGAUGACGGGUGUCUUAUUGGACAAGUCGGACUCACUGGGGCCUCCCCUCAUCACUUUCGCUUGCGGGGUCGCGCUCAUGAAAAGCUACUUGCACUUCCGGCGCAGGCGCAUUUUGGUUUCCAUUUGGCUAUAUUGGGCUCGGCUUGUGCACUUCUUUUGCCAUUAUAUUACGCUUAUAGGAGUGCUUGUAGGUAAUUUCUGUAGAAUAGCGGUGCUCCAUGGCAUUGUUUGGCGCAACGUGCCAAUUACUCGCUGCUAG